AUGGUGUCCAUCACCCGCGCGGAAGGCGGGCCGUUGGAGUGGACUGGGUUGAUGGGCUGCAGACUGUCAGAGGACAGUUGUUCUUCUCUGGCUUCAGCUCUGAGGUCAAACCCCUCUCAUCUUAGAGAACUGAAUCUGAGUGGAAACCUCAACCUGCAGGACUCAUCAGUGGAGGAGCUGUGUGGUUUUCUACAGAGUCCAACCUGUCGACUGGAGACUCUGAGGUUGGAUCUCUGCAGUCUGUCAGAGAUCAGCUGUUCUUCUCUGGCUUCAGCUCUGAGGUCAAACCCCUCUCAUCUGAGAGAACUGGAUCUGAGUAACAACAACCUGCAGGACUCAGCAGUGAAGGAGCUGCUUGAUCUACAGAAGAGUUCAACCUGUCGACUGGAGACUCUGAGGUUCUGGUGAUCUAUGUGUGGACGGAGCCUGAGCUAUGUCCUUAGGAUCCAGAGGCUGAAGAAGCAGCAGCUUGUGUGUAGAGCGGCUCUGACUGGGCCUUGCUGCUGGGAGGCAGAGUGGAGACAGGGCUCCAGAGGAAUCAGAGGAGGUUGUUGUAAUAUGUAACUUCACCACUAGAUGGCCAUCGCUACUGAUUGUGUUUAUUCACAUGAAGAAUGAACUCUGUAAAGAGUUGCAAAUAUGUAUUUAAGUUUCCUUUAUUCUGUUCCCCCUUUGUCCCUCAGUAUGUAUCCAUGUGUGUAGAGCCACAUUCUGUGUAUAUGUCUGUUAGUCUCUGAGGAAACUGUUUAAUAAACAUUUUACCAGAUUUAAUAGAAAACUGACCCAAGGACGUUUUAUACAAACGUAGAUGAAGAUUCUUGUUGUACGUUCUCGACCACCACCUCAGAACAACCACCAGGGGGAGACUGUAGCAGGCCUUUAUAUCCGGAACUGUUUUGUAUUUGUUCAUAUUUUUAUGAAACUUUACUUCAUCGACUGUUAUGGCACAAUUAAUGUCUUAUUAAAAUGUAUUUUUAUAAA